UUCUCUGUUAAGAACAUUGGCACAGAGAGAGAGAGAGAGAGAGAGAGCGAUCUGUUAAGCUUACCAAACUAAUGCUAUGACGAGCUCAGAUGCAGGUACAUCAACGGGAAGCGAGUACCAAGUGUUCUUGAGUUUUAGAGGACCCGACACUCGCACUGGGUUCACCGAUGUCCUCUACCAUAGUUUGACCGAUGCUGGAAUCCAUGUCUUCCAAGACGACGAAGAGCUCCGUGUUGGGGAAAGGAUCGAUGGAUCUCUUCUGCAGGCGAUCGACGACUCGAGGAUCUACAUACCCAUCUUCUCUCAGACCUACGCUUCGAGUCAAUGGUGCCUCCGCGAGCUCGCGCACAUCAUGGCAAACACCUCUAAAUCAGAAGGUAAUAAAAAGGUCUUGCCUAUUUUUUUCGACGUGGAUCCUGACGAUGUUAAGCUGAAAACCCCAUUGUAUCGUGAUGCCAUACUCAAUUUGGAGCUUGAGAAGAAGGUGAGCACUAGACACGUAGAUGCGUGGAGAAAAGCUCUCAUAGAGGUUGAUGCGAUCAAGGGAUGGGAAGUGAAGAAGUACAACGGCCAUGGCGAAUUGAUCAAUCUGGUGGUUGUGGAAGUCGUGGAAAAGCUAAAGACAAAACAUAGAUAUGUGACGGAAUAUUUAGUUGGAAUUGAUGACCAAGCAUUAGCAGUAAGCAAAUUAGUAGACAUCAACUGCGGUGGGGUGCGAUUCAUUCAAAUUCAUGGGAUGGGAGGUAUCGGUAAAACGACUCUCGCCAAGGUCGUCUUCAAUGAACUCUCUUCUGAUUUUGGAAAGUGUUGUUGUUUUCUUGAAGAUGUUCGAUCAAAGUCAUCAACAGAUGUUGACUUAAUUGAGUUGCAAAAAAAGUUAUUAUCCGAAAUCAGCCACUUUGCAGGAACAAAGAGCAUUAACGAAAUUGAUUAUGGAAUGAAGAGGAUUGAAGAAGUACUUCGCAAUAAGAAAGUUCUCCUCGUACUUGAUGAUGUUGAUAAUAGUGAACAAGUGGAGAAAUUAAUUGGAAAGAGUACUUUAUAUUCAGGAUCCAGAAUAUUGAUUACAACUAGAAAUAAAAAUGUCUUGCAAAUACGCAGAGCGAAGGAGGAUCAAAUGUUAAAGUACGAAAUGGAAUUGAUGAGUUGUGAUCAUGCUCUUGAGCUUUUUAGUAAGCAUGCAUUCGAUAGAGACUCUCCUUUGGAUGAGUAUUGUGAUCUCUCCAGGGAAAUUGUAUCUCAUCUUGGGAGGCUUCCAUUAGCUCUUGAAGUAAUUGGUUCGCUCCUCUACCACAAGAAGAAACAAGAACAAUGGAAAAAGACAUUGGAGGAUUUAAGAAAGGCACCACAUGAUGAGGUUUCUGCAAAGUUGAGGAUCAGCUAUGAUGCCUUAAGUUUUGAGCAACAACAAAUUUUCCUCGAUAUUGCGUGUUUUUUCAUUGGUGAGGAUAAAAUGAAUGCAAUUUACAUGUGGGAAGAUUGUGGAUUUCUCCGAGAUGAUGGAGUUGUUGUCCUCAACAAUAUGUGUUUGAUAAAACUGUUAGAAGACAAUAGAUUUUGGAUGCACGAUCAACUUAGAGAUUUUGGGAGAGAAAUUGUUCGUCAAGAGAAUCCACUAAUUCCUGGAAAGCGUAGUAGGUUAUGGACUCGUGAGCAAAUCCUCGAUACAAUAACCACAAAGGAGACGAAGAGGGACGUUCAAGCAUUGGAUCUUAAUCUAUCCAAGGAUCAUCUUACGGCCAUUAUUAGAAAUGAGGAGAAUGAAAGACUUCAACGAAAGAGGUCCCUCAAAUUAAAUGAGGGAACCUUCAUUGAUAACCUAAUGAAUAGUCCAACCGAGCAAAUCCCUGGUACAAUGACCACAAAAGAGGUGAAGCUCCUCAAGAGGAAACUAACAGUUUUUUUAUUGAUGGCCAGAAAAUUGAAAGUUGUUUCUCUUACAAGUUGUGACAGACUAAUCGAAACACCAAACUUCUCUGGAUGCCCGAAUUUGGAGAGGCUUACUUUCAAAGAUUGUUCCAGUUUGAGGAAAAUUGACAGUUCUAUUGGGAAGUUGAAGUGUCUAAUUUACAUAAGUAUUAGUGCUAGCAUUCAUCUUAAAGAUUUGCCGGAAGAAAUUGGGGACUUGGUGAGUCUGCAGCACCUCUCUGUAAAAGAUUGUUAUUUUGUGAAACUCCCAGAUUCCAUAUGGAAGUUGAAAUCAUUACGUGAGGUGCACUUUGAAAGUAAGUAUUAUGGAUUAGAUUCAGCAAAUUCAUGGGAGUUACCUAGUGCUGUUGGAAUGCUCCGGAAGUUAGAAGUGCUUGUAGUCUUUAGCCGCUCUCUAAAAGGUAAGCUUCCUUAUGAAAUCGGAAGUUUGUCCUUUCUAAGAAUCCUAAAACUAUGUUGGACUCGUGUUAGUGAAGUUCCAACGACCUUUAGCAUGCUUCCACGCCUCCAAAUGUUGGACUUAUGGGGAUGUGACAAGAUUCAAGAGUUGCCGGCGCUCCCAGCAAGUUUGACCUAUCUACGAGUGCGGUCUGUAUCGCUUCGGGUAGUCCCAGAUCUCGUGAACUUGACUAACUUGGUUGAGUUGGAUCUAGAUAAUAGUGGAGGAGGAGGACAUAGACUCGGUACUGGUGAAUUAAGGUGGAUUGGGAAGUUAUCCAAACUGAAUAAAUUGAGAUUGAGACUUAGAAAUGUGCGUGCUCCUGCUGAGCUGGCUUCCCUUCCUCUGCUCAACCAACUUCAUAUGAUUGGAUUGGACCUGCAAACCUUUCCAGAGCUUCCCUUGUCUCUACAAGAGCUAUACCUUGAUGAUUACAGUUCUAUUGUGUCGCUCACUCAAAAUCUGAGAAAUUUGUCAAGUUUAGGGCUCUUUGAUUCCCCAAUGCAAGAAUUUGUACUCGAUGGGCUUCAACUUCCAAAUAUAACGGAGUUGCGCGUAGUGAAUUGUGGGUCCCUCGAGAGAAUUACGCUGUCAAGCAUGAGGACGCUGCAAAUUGUCGAUGUGAGAGGUUGUUCAAGGCUAGUUGAGAUCCGAUUUUCUCGGUUGGAAUCACUUCGUACAUUGUACAUUCAACGAUGCCAGUCCUUCGAAAAGCUAGUUGAUGUGGAGGAAGCUGGGUAUGAUAAUAUUGAAUUGAUUAUUCGUUACAGGACUCUAAUCCUUCCACUGAGAGCAUUAACUAUGCUGCAAAGCUUUAUGCUGGGGUUUUGCCCUAAGAUACUCAAGAUACAUAUUGAUGGUACGUCGGAAUCAUUGGAAUACUUCAUCCUUUCGGCUUGUGAUUAUGUGCAAAGUCUCGGUGAUUUGUCAAACUUGAGAAACCUCAAGUCUUUAUCCAUCCACCACUGCGAUCGGCUGCGGGUUGUCAAGGGCCUUGACGAACUAGAGUUAUUGGAUGAGUUGGCAAUUAGUGAAUGCAAGUCGUUGGGAAGAUUGAUUAAUGUAUCAAGCACCAAAUUGCCAAAUCAUUGCGACAUAAGCAUCUCCGGUUGUAGGGAGGACUUUCGGGGAAUACUCGAGUCGUACAAGCACCACCAGGAGAAUCACUUAUUGAUAGUUUUGAUUGAAGCAGAGGAGAAAGCCGUGGAGAAAGUCGUUACUGCUAAAAUUGGGAAUUCUAGCUGCAAUGUAUCUCUGGGCCCUUUUCGCAAGCCUCUGCUAUGUUCAAAAAGAAAAUUGGAGCUUCUGGGCGGUAAUUCCUCAUUGCGGGAUUUUCUUUUAUUCCUUUCUGAAGAUUGCCCUGCUUUGGUGUUUCUUUUCUGGAUUGAGAAAGUGGGUGAUUUGGUUGUCGAGUAUAAACACUGA